GUUUGCUUGUACCGCGCUCCAGGACAAUGGUACGGCAAGUUCCGAAAACGAGAACUGUCAAUAUACACACAGUGGGGGCUGCAGAGGAGGAAGCAAAAGAAUAAGAAGAAGCAAAAGAAGGCAACGGAGGAGAACGAUUCUGGCGAAAUUUUCACGGCAUUAUUGUAUCCACAGUGCUGGAGAUAUUGUUGUCCCCGCCGCUACGAUUUGGCCGCAGUUUUGCAGGGGGGACCUCCCACACCCGCGGAAAACCCCGUGAAUCGACCCGUGUCCCGCGAUUCGGGCGUGUAAAUAAUCGCUGCAAUCACAUCCAUCCCCGUGUCCAAACAGCACCAAACAGCACCCAAAACGGGGUGACAUCUUUACUUUUUUUGCUGUGGAAACAAAGCCCCAGCGAAGUCCGCGACCAACCAACAAAUCCGCUCAAACCGAACCGAAAAUCUUCAAUCAAAGCUCUCAAAGAGUGCAAUUUUUAUCCCUUUCGCCCCUCUGUGCUUGAUUGUUUUCUCCUGUGUGUUUGUGUGUGUGUGCAGUGUUAUGAACGGUGGUGCGGCUGGCCCGGUGGUCCGCGUUGUAAUAUGAGCUCGGAGGGUACAGUGUGUUGGCGUACCAGUGUCUACUAGAGGACUUUUGUUUGUUCGGUGUGGCCCGAGAAGGGCCCGAGAAGCGACCAGGAGAAGAGACUGCGCACGCAAAAUGCACGACCGAAGGGCGGCCAUGUGCUACGGGCUGGUGUACAUACUGUGCACCCAGGUGCUGUCCACCAACUCACGCACCUCCACCCUGUGGAAGCUAAACACGGAGGAGGGCAAGAUUGUCAGCGGGACCGGCGGUAGCAACUGCAAACUGCAGAGUUCCGGUGCGGGCGAAAGUAAGAUGACCGCAGCUGGCGAGAGCAGUACCACCACCACCGGCAGCAGCAACAACAAUAACAAUGGGGACGAAUCCUUGGUGGACCCGUACCAUCCGGAGGAGGACGAGGAUUCGACGUUUCAAAUCAUCACCAUCACCGCGGCCAACUAUCGAGACAACACGUGGAGGCGGCACGCGCGCGGAAAAUUGAUUGUGAACCUCCCGAAAGCGACGCCGGAUAGUGAGGGGGCGGCGGCAAACCACAAGGGAACCGCGAACCACCCGACCACCAGCCCGGAAUCGGCGGACGUGCUGGACUGUGGCAAACCGGUCAACUUUACCUACUACGACGAUCUGAUCGGCGUGGCCCAGCGGUACAGCCAUCCGGUCGUGCCCGAGCCGGAGGUCGCCUUCCUCUUUCUCAAGAAGAAGGGCCCGAAGUCGCUGAAAAACUUCGACAUCGAUGCGCUCGAGCGGCGGCUCCGCAAGGCGAAGGCGGAGAAACCGCGGUCGGUGCAGCUGUACAACCAGAUCGGCAACUUUUGGCGAAUAAAGGGCGACGCCCGGCACUCGAUCGAGUGCUUUCGCAGCGCGCUCGCGAUGGCACCGACCAACGCGGAGGUGCUGCUCAACCUGGCCCGGGUGCUGUUCAACCUGCAGUACCUGGACGAUGCGAUACAUCUUACCAGACGCUCGCUGGAGGUGCAGCCGAGGGAUCGCAGCGCCUGGCGGCAGUACUUUACGCUCGGCGAAAUUUUCAAAGCGUACGGCCACUUCCAGGAGUCGGUAAACCAUCUGCGCCAGGCGCUGGAACUCUACCCGCAGUACGAACCGAUCAAGAAGGCGAUCGCCGACGUGGAGAACAUUUCCGCCUCCUCGCUACACAUCUUUACCGUCAUCAUCAUCAUUUUCCUGGUGAUGUGCGUGCUGUAUGUGAUCCUUUCGUCGAACGAAAGCAGCCAGAACAACCACGAGCUGGAGCAGAAGGCGGCCCGCCACUUUAACCGUGCGAUGGCGAUGCGCUCGCUAAAGGGCUUCACGCAGCGUUCGUUUAAGAAUAGAAAGUAAACCUCCCCCUGCUCGAGACGCAACAUCCUAGCACCACCUUCCUGCGGUAACGGAAGGGUGUUGUUCUGCGCGAAGUAACGCCGGGCAGAAGAAGAUGAUAGGCCGCUAGCAAACGCGAGAAGCUAGAUGGAGAAAGCUAAUCUCUCUGUAGCGCAAUGAGUCGCACAGAUCUAUAUACAUGUAUAUGUAGGGGUUUGUGAGUGUGUGUGGGUGUGUGUGUGUGUGUGUGUGUGUGUGGGUGUGUUUGCGGGUGCGUAGAUCGCUCUUGGUGGAAAUGCGGACAGUCUUGCGGCUAGGAUGUUGCGCGUCAAACAGUGGUGGCGUGUGCUGCAGCAGGAUGGUAGGAGAUUUAUAGUUUGUAAGCAAAAAUUGAGAUUCGUGAAAAUCUUCCAAUAUGCCACACCGAAUACGCCCGCUCACACACACAUUCGCACACACAGACACACACACAGACACACGUCCACACACUGAACCGCGUGCAAAGUAGAAGGCAGGAAAAGGGCAGGCAAACAGUUUGACCGCGAGAGAAGGAGCAAUUCCAAUUGGAAUCCAAACUUCGUAUCGAGAUCAUAUAGUAAUCGUGCGCGAAGGCAGCAGGAAAAGGAAGCAUAGCAAAGAACAAAGAAAAACACACACACUCACACAGAAAUUGCUAAUCUAAUUACUAUUACACUAACUAUUGCAACAGCUACUAUUGUAAAACGGCUGGUGAGGUGAGGCUGCGGCUGAGAUAGGCGCAAUAGGCGCCCCCAGAAUAGAGUUGGUUGGUGUCUGUGUGUGUAUGUGUGUGUUACACAAUCGCCACCCAGUCUCCAUCCCAUCUUAAUAAUCCCUGCUCGCCCCCCC